UAAAGGGAGAGCACAUAACCUCAAACGUCAUCAUUCAUCGCAGUUUGUUGGCCAAUUGGUUGUUUAUUUCAUCCGGUAUUUCCGGGAGUUUUUGCUUGAGGAGCAAUAGUGUGGUGACUGUGGGAAGAUGUCAAACUUCCAGGAGGAUCAGUAUUGGGGUGGAAAUAAUCCCCAGUACAACACCUACGAUGUCAAUACGGGAUUUAUUGAUCAAUCCCAACAAUUAGAUUUCCAGUCAUUUGACAAUUCAGCAUACAAUCAGGGUGCCUACCCACCACCCUACACCCAACAAUCCCCCAAUAUCUUCACCCCAGAACCCCUGGACGCAAUGGGUUUUGGCAGUCAAGGUGCCACGGGAACGAGUGAAUUCGAUGAGCCACCACUGCUGGAGGAAUUGGAAAUCUACCCUGAGAGAAUUUGGGAGAAAUCCCUCGUUGUGCUGAAUCCAUUCCAUGCCCGUGGAUUGACUGACAAUGCUGAGUACUUCUUUAAGGAAACCGAUCUUGCCGGUCCCAUUGCCUUCUGCAUCAGUUUAGCCGCCUGCCUCUUUGUCUCCGGCAAGGGGGCUCACUUUGGCUACAUCUAUGGGCUCUGCAUUAUGUCCGUAAUGGUCAUGUACGUCCUCAUUUCCCUCAUGUGCAAUUCCACCGAGAACUACGUCACCCUGACUGCUGUGGCCAGCAUCCUCGGCUACAGUAUCCUCCCAAUUGUGUGGCUGUCGAUUUUGGGGAUAUUCCUCUCCCUCAACAGUAUGAUUGGGAUGAUUUUGGCCCUAUUUGCCAUCUUCCUGGCCACUGUGGGUGCCAGCAAAAUCUUCUGCCUCAUGACGGGGGAUGUAAAUCAACGAUAUCUCAUUGCAUAUCCCUGUGCUCUAGUUUAUGUCAUCUUCUCCCUGCUUGUUCUCUUUUAAUUUGUCCUACAAAUGGAAUUUAUAAAUUAAAUGCAUCUUUGUACCCUAAAA